AUCAACGAGCUGAACCUGCCCAAGACGUGUGAGAUCGACUUCUCUGACCAGGACGACCUGCUGCACUUCCGGCUGCUCAUCUGCCCUGACGAGGGUUUCUACAAGGGCGGCAAAUUCGUCUUCAGCUUUAAGGUGGGCCAGGGGUACCCCCACGACCCCCCCAAGGUGAAGUGCGAGACGAUGGUUUAUCACCCCAACAUCGACCUGGAGGGCAACGUGUGCCUCAACAUCCUCAGGGAGGACUGGAAGCCCGUCCUGACCAUCAACUCCAUCAUCUAUGGCCUCCAGUACCUGUUCCUGGAGCCGAACCCCGAGGACCCCCUGAACAAGGAGGCGGCCGAGGUCCUGCAGAGCAACCGGCGCCUCUUCGAGCAGAACGUGCAGCGCUCGCUGCGGGG